AUGUAUGAGGACAAUCGCAAAAGGUCAGGGUUCGGUAAUCAACAGGAGGAGGGUGGAGGAGAGGGAGAAGAGGGAGAAGAGGAGGAGGAGGAGGAGGAGGAGGAGGAGGGAGGAGAGGGGGAUGAGGGAGGGGAGAAGAAAGGAGACGCGGAGUGGACGGAGGACGGUAUGGCCGACAACGGAGGAGUGAAGAUGACGAGGACGGACACACUCCACUCUACGACCAGUUCCACGGGGACCCAGAGGAAGAAGAGCCAUCAUAACAAGAAAGUGGUACAGGGUUCUGACAAGGUCCAGAGAGCGCCCAGAGCCCUUUACUGCCUCAAACUCAACAACCCCAUACGCAGGGCCGCACUCUCCAUCGUAGAGUGGAAACCCUUUGACAUCUUCAUCCUGAUAGCCAUCUUCGCUAACUGUAUAGCGCUGGGGGUGUCCAAGCCUUUCCCUGAGGAAGACUCCAACUCCACCAACCACGAUCUGGAACAAGUGGAAUAUGUGUUUCUGAUUAUCUUCACCAUCGAGACCUUUCUGAAGAUCUUGGCUUAUGGCUUAGUGAUGCACCCCAGCUCCUACAUUCGCAACGGAUGGAACUUGUUGGACUUUGUCAUUGUCAUCGUCGGGCUGUUCAGUGUCGUCCUGGAGACGAUGACCCAUAAGGCCACUGGGGAGGCUGCGUCGACCCACCAUGUGCCAGGGAAGCCUGGAGGUCUGGACGUCAAAGCUCUCCGAGCCUUCAGAGUACUGAGGCCCCUACGGCUGGUCUCAGGAGUACCUAGUCUUCAGAUCGUAUUGAACUCCAUCAUGAAGGCCAUGCUGCCUCUGCUCCACAUCGCCCUGCUGGUCCUGUUUGUCAUCAUCAUCUAUGCCAUCAUCGGCCUCGAGCUGUUCAUAGGACGGAUGCAUAAAUCCUGCUACUACAUCGGCACAGACAACUAUGCAGAGGAUGACCCUGUGCCCUGUGCAUUUGCGGGUCAUGGCCGUCAGUGUGUUGUGAACGGGUCUGAGUGUCGAGGAAAGUGGGCUGGACCCAACGGAGGAAUCACCAACUUUGACAAUUUCUUCUUCGCUAUGCUGACGGUGUUCCAGUGUAUCACUAUGGAGGGGUGGACUGACGUACUCUACUGGAUGAAUGAUGCCAUCGGGUUUGAGAUGCCCUGGGUUUACUUUGUCAGUCUGGUGGUUUUUGGCUCCUUCUUCGUCCUCAACCUGGUUUUGGGUGUGUUGAGUGGAGAGUUCUCCAAGGAGAGAGAGAAGGCCCAGGCGCGAGGGGACUUCCAGAAGCUGAGGGAGAAGCAGCAGAUGGAGGAGGACCUGUCUGGAUACAUGGACUGGAUCACACAGGCUGAGGACAUGGAUGAGUUUGACGAGGAUGGAAACAGACUUGCGACCCUGGGGGAUCUGUCAGACAAGAAGAAAGGGAAGUUUGGCUGGUUCAGUCACUCAAACGACACACACGCAAGUCUUCCAGCCAGUGAGACAGCCUCUACCAACACGGAGAAUAUAGAUGAGGAACACACUGAUUGCUGUGCCGCCUGCUGCGCUCGAAUGAUGAAUAACAGCUGCUGUCGAACGUUGCGGCGGUGGAACCGGGUGUGUCGGAGGAACUGCCGCGUGGCGGUGAAGUCGGUGACGUUCUAUUGGUUGGUUCUGUUUCUGGUGUUCCUCAACACCAUCUGCAGCGCCUCGGAACACUACGACCAGCCAGAUUGGCUCACAGAGGUCCAGGACAUAGCCAACAAGGUUCUGCUGUCUCUGUUUACGGUGGAGAUGCUGUUGAAGAUGUACGCUCUGGGGACGUCUCAGACCGGCUACUUCAAGGCCUUUUUCAACCGUUUCGACUUCUUCGUGGUGUGCGGAGGCAUCACGGAGACCACUCUGGUGGAGCUGGAGAUCAUGCCGCCUCUCGGCAUCUCCGUGCUUCGCUGUGUCCGACUCCUCAGGAUAUUUAAAGUGACACGUCACUGGACAGCUCUGUCCAACCUGGUGGCCUCUCUGCUCAACUCGAUGAAGUCUAUCAUGUCCCUUCUCCUCCUGCUCUUCCUUUUCCUGAUCAUCUUCGCUCUGCUGGGCAUGCAGCUGUUCGGAGGGAAGUUCAAUUUCGACGAGACCCAGACCAAGAGGAGCACCUUUGACACCUUCUCCCAAGCCCUGCUUACCUGCUUUCAGAUUCUAACAGGUGAGGACUGGAACUUAGUGAUGUAUGACGGCAUCAUGGCAUACGGAGGGCCCGUCUUCCCUGGCAUGAUCAUCUGUAUCUACUUUGUCAUCCUCUUCAUCUGUGGUAACUAUAUCCUGCUGAAUGUCUUCUUGGCUAUCGCUGUGGACAACUUAGCAGGAGGAGACGGUGACACGAAGAAAGAAGAGAAGAAAGAAGAGGGGGAAGCAAAGGAGGGGGAGGGAGAGAAUGGAGAACUGAAGAUUGACGUUGAUGAUGAGACUGAGUAUGAGGAAGAGGAGGAGCCUGAACAGACAGAAGAGGCGGCAGUAGGCAUCCAGCUGAACGUAGCAGACAUCCUCCCUCCCAAGGAGAAGGUUACACCAAUCCCAGAGGGCAGCGCCUUCUUCUGUCUCAGCAAGACCAACCCGAUCCGUCGUGGUUGCCACUUCCUGAUCCACCACCACAUCUUCUGCAAUCUCAUCCUGGUCUUCAUCAUCCUCAGCAGCUGCUCUUUGGCCGCAGAGGAUCCCAUCAGAGCACACUCCUUCAGGAACAAUGUUCUGGGCUAUGCAGACUAUGCCUUCACCUCUAUAUUCACAGUGGAGAUUAUACUGAAGAUGACGGUUCAUGGAGCGUUCCUCCACCAAGGUUCAUUCUGUAGGAACUGGUUCAAUCUGUUGGAUCUCCUGGUCGUCUCUGUGUCUCUGAUCUCCUUCUUCCUACAUUCGAGUGCCAUCUCUGUGGUAAAGAUUCUCAGGGUACUCAGAGUACUCAGGCCUCUACGAGCCAUCAACAGAGCCAAAGGACUGAAGCAUGUGGUCCAGUGUGUGUUUGUAGCGAUCAAGACCAUCGGUAACAUCAUGAUCGUCACUACUCUACUACAGUUCAUGUUCGCCUGCAUCGGAGUCCAGCUCUUCAAGGGUAAAUUCUACCGCUGUACAGACGAGGCCAAGCACACCCCAGAGCAGUGCAAGGGAACCUUUGUGGUGUAUAAGGAUGGGGAUGUGAGCCACCCCAUGGUGAGAGAGAGGAUCUGGCACAACAGUGACUUUAACUUUGACAACGUCCUGAUGGGCAUGAUGGCUCUGUUCACAGUGUCCACCUUCGAGGGCUGGCCAGCGCUCCUGUAUAAGGCGAUUGAUGCUAAUGGAGAGAACCAUGGUCCUGUCUAUAACUACCGUGUUGAGAUCUCCAUCUUCUUCAUCGUCUACAUCAUCAUCAUUGCCUUCUUCAUGAUGAACAUCUUCGUGGGCUUUGUCAUCAUCACCUUCAGAGAGCAGGGAGAGUCUGAAUAUAAGAACUGCGAGCUAGACAAGAACCAGAGACAGUGUGUAGAGUUUGCUCUGAAGGCCCAGCCAUUGAAGCUGUACAUCCCAAAGAACCCAGUGCAGUAUAAGUUCUGGUCGUUUAUCCAGUCUACAGCGUUUGAAUACGUCAUGUUCGUUCUAAUUCUCCUCAACACUGUCACUUUGGCGGUUCAGCACUAUGAGCAGUCCAAGGUGUUCAGUCAUGUGAUGGACAUCCUCAACAUGGUCUUCACUGGUCUCUUCACUGUGGAGAUGCUGCUCAAACUACUGGCUCUACGACUCAGGCAUUAUUUCAUAGAUGCCUGGAACUCUUUUGAUGCUCUGAUCGUGGUGGGCAGUGUCGUGGAUAUUGUGGUGACGGAAUUCAGCAGCUCUGAUGACAGUUCCAGAGUGUCCAUCACGUUCUUCCGUCUGUUUCGAGUGAUGCGAUUGGUCAAACUGCUGAGCAAGGGGGAGGGAAUUCGAACGCUGCUCUGGACCUUUGUCAAGUCCCUCCAGGCCCUGCCCUACGUUGCCCUUCUCAUCGCCAUGAUCUUCUUCAUCUAUGCCGUCAUCGGCAUGCAGACGUUUGGGAAGAUAGCCAUGCAGGACUACACUCAGAUCAACAGGAACAACAAUUUUCAGACGUUUCCUCAGGCUGUACUGGCUCUAUUCAGGUGUGCUACAGGGGAGGCGUGGCAGGAGAUCAUGCUAGCCAGUCUGCCAGGUAAACGGUGUGACCCAGAGUCAGACUACCUGCCUGGCGAAGAGUUCACCUGUGGAAGCAACUUCGCUAUAGUCUACUUCAUCAGCUUCUUCAUGCUGUGUGCUUUCCUGAUUAUCAACCUGUUUGUUGCUGUCAUCAUGGACAACUUUGACUAUCUAACCCGUGAUUGGUCCAUUCUGGGGCCUCAUCACCUGGAUGAGUUCAAGAGGAUCUGGUCGGAGUACGACCCUGAGGCCAAGGGUCGUAUUAAACAUCUAGAUGUCGUAGCUCUGUUGCGAAGGAUCCAGCCUCCUCUGGGCUUCGGAAAGCUCUGUCCUCACCGCGUGGCGUGCAAGCGUCUGGUGGCCAUGAACAUGCCUCUAAACAGCGACGGCACCGUAACCUUCAACGCCACUCUGUUCGCCCUGGUCAGAACUGCCCUGAAGAUCAAAACGGAGGGUAACCCGGACCAGGAGAACGAGGAGUUGAGGACCAUAAUAAAGAAGAUCUGGAAAAGGAUGAAGCCCAAGGUUCUGGACGAGGUCAUCCCCCCACACGAGGAAGAGGAUGUGACAGUUGGUAAGUUCUACGCAACCUUCCUGAUUCAGGACUACUUCAGGAAGUUCAGGAAGAGAAAAGAGCAAGGAGAUCUGGAAGAGGGCGACCCAAACAACACCUCUGCUGCUCUACAGGCGGGUCUGCGUACCCUGCAGGACCUGGGGCCGGAGAUGAGGAUGGCCAUGUCAGCUGACCUGGAGGAGGAAGAGGAAGAGGGCAUGGAGGAAGAACCAGAGGAAGAUGACUCUCCCUAUAAGACUGAUAAUGGCUAUGCCCCUGAGGUUAAGGACAGACGUGGCUCCAUGGUCACCACCCUUACUGGAGGAGGUAUGCCCAGGGAGAGUCUCUCCAACGGGGGUCUGGCCCACCGAGGUUCCACCUCCUUCUCCAAGACUCCCAACGGAGGAGGCCUGGAGCAGGAUGAGCUGAGACGAGGAGAUAACAUGAGGUCCUCGCUCAACCAUCAUCAUCGUCAUUCUUCCAUUAAGAACGGACUGGUGGACCAACCGGCCAUGAGCAGAAGGAAUUCUAACAAGUAUUCAAGAAGAGACAGCAGAGGAGACAGGUAUUCUCCUGUCCGAGGUCGUAACGGAGGGAUGGAUGGAGGAGAGGAGAGUUACGGAGGAGAGGAGGGUUACUACGAUGAGGAUAACGAGAGCCUUGAUCCUCGUGACAGACUUCGUUACCCUGACGACCCUCCUCUGUACCCUGGUCAGCAUGACCACAUGUACGACGCCCACGCCCCCGGCAACGCUGCCUACGGUAAUAACUAUGGCAACGGGAACGGGAAUGGCUAUGGAGAUGGACGGAGGACCGCGAGGAGACGCCUCCUCCCCGCCACACCUACCGGUCGUAAGCCAUCCUUUAAUAUCCAAUGUCUGAGGAGGCAGGACAGCAAUGAUGACCUUCCCAUCCCAGGAACCUACCACCAGAACUCUCCCCCCUGCCGGGCACGCACACAGACGUACGGCAGUUACGAGUCCCGUCGCAGCAGCAGCCGUUCCUCAACAGGUUCCUCUGCCUCCUGGGCCAACCCUUGCCCUCGCCGAGGUCGCCUCCUCUAUGCCCCUCUCAUCCUGGUCGAAGAGGAAGGGGCGGGGGGCGGCGGCGGCUCCGGGAUCUGGGGGGACAAGACGGGUGGAGGGGCCAACGUAACGGCUGCCACCUCCCGACCUGGCCCUGCGGGGUGGUACACGGGGCCCCCUUGUCCCUCAGGAGGUUCCCAGGCACCAUACAGGGCCUAUACCACACUAAGGGUCCCCACUCAGCUCAGCCCUCACUACAGCGACAAGAGAGGCAGCGCUGACAGCCUGGUAGAAGCAGUGCUGAUCUCAGAGGGGCUGGGUCUGUAUGCCAAGGAUCCCAAGUUUGUAGCCUUCGCCAAACGGGAGAUUGCUGACGCGUGUCAUAUGACAAUUGACGAGAUGGAGAGUGCGGCCAGCGACCUGCUGAGUCGGGGAAGCAGAGGUGGAGGGGGUGGCGGUUUCCUGAACAAUCCCGACCUUGGAACCCUGUACAGCGACGAGGAGCCAAUCAGAACGGGCCGCGACGAGGAAGACCUGGCGGACGAGAUGACCUGCGUCACUUCCUUCUAAUCUGGACGACGGUCGAUCAAUUAAUCAAUCGAUCGAUCGUGAUUGAUUGAUUGAGUUUAUUGUGAUCAGGAGCAGACCAGACUUACUGGGCACUAGGGAGACAGAGGACAACUGAGGGACAGAUAGAUGGAGGACAGAUAUGGAGCUGGACAUAUAGACAAGAGGUUGUCCAGUCCAGUGUCCUUAGUCCCUCCAUCUUGACUAUAGACAGAUAUAUAUUAUAGGCCUCUAGGCUUUACAGAGAAUGGACCCAAAGGGACUAGAUUGAGAUGUGAGACAGAGGAUGGACCCAAAGGGACUAGAUGGAGAUGUGAGACAGAGGAUGGACCCAAAGGGACUAGAUGGAGAUGUGAUGUGAGACAGAGGAUGGACCGAAGGGACUAGAUGGAGAUGUGAUGUGAGACAGAGGAUGGACCCAAAGGGACUAGAUGGAGAUGUGAUGUGAGACAGAGGAUGGACCCAAAGGGACUAGAUGGAGAUGUGAUGUGAGACAGAGGAUGGACCCAAAGGGACUAGAUGGAGAUGUGAGACAGACGAUGGACCGAAGGGACUAGAUGGAGAUGUGAGACAGGGGAUGGACCCAAAGGGACUAGAUGGAGAUGUGAGACAGAGGAUGGACCGAAGGGACUAGAUGGAGAUGUUAGACAGACGAUGGACCGAAGGGACUAGAUGGAGAUGGGAGACAGGGGAUGGACCCAAAGGGACUAGAUGGAGAUGUGAGACAGACGAUGGACCGAAGGGACUAGAUGGAGAUGUGAGACAGACGAUGGACCCAAAGGGACUAGAUGGAGAUGUGAGACAGGUGAUGGACCGAAGGGACUAGAUGGAGCGACAGAGAAAAAAGUGAAAGAAGAGAAAGAUUUUAAAAAAGAGACAGAAAGACGUGAGAGAUGACCUCCCCAAAGGCACGCUAUAUAGUGCACUGCUUUUUGACCAGGGCCCAUAGGGACUAUGGAUGAUGUAGGGAAUAAGGGGGCAUUUGGGAAGCAAACAAAUGUGGGUGAGGUGAGGAACCGAUUCGGGAAGGUGGAUGAUCUUAAGGAUGAGUUGUGUGUGUGUGUGUGUGUGGAGAAGAUCACAUUAAUGGAAGAAUAGAAUAUGAGAGAUGGGGAGAAAGAGAGAAGAGAGAGAAGCGAGAGAGAAAGAUGGGGUGGAGAGUAGGAGAGAGAGAGUAGAGAGAGCGAGAGAGAGAGAGAUGGGGGAGAGCGUGACUGCUGGGUGAGUCAGUGAGUAGCACUCUCAGAUCAUAAACACAUUUGCAUCAAAUUGUGUUGGUCUCUGGUAACAGACUCCUUUAAGAUAUUUGUACUGCGCAUCAUGUUGUACAUGCACAUUAUCUUGAUGGAUAUACUGUACAAUGUUUUUCAUUUUCAGCUUUAGAUUAUUUUUGAUUUGAUGAAAGAACUGAAAUUGUGAAAUACUUUUAAAAACAAAGUUGUUAGUGUUGUCGUGGUGAUGCGUCUACUACCAGGGCCGGUGGGGCUCAAUUCAUUUUUCAAUUCAGUCAAUUUAAAUUAAAUUCAUGAAUUUGAAAAUUGUCUGCAUUGUUUUUUAUGAGAAUUUUUCAAUUCCUGAAUUAGAAUUAACUAGCCUGAAUUGGGUGAAUUAAAACCUGAUUUGGCUGAAUUAAAACCUGAAUUGGCUAAAUUAAAACCUGAAUUGGCUGAAUUAAAACCUGAAUUGGCUGAAUUAAAACCUGAAUUGGCUGAAUUAAAACCUGAAUUGGCUGAAUUAAACCCUGAAUUGGCUGAAUUAAAACCUGAUUUGGCUGAAUUAAAACCUGAAUUGAACCACCACUCUGUUCUUCUUCUCUUUGUGUUAGAUAUCACGUCUAUGUUGCUUUCUGUUUGAAAACAGAUCACAUCACGUCUGUUGUUUUUAUUUUUGAUGUUUUUCCAGGAUGUCGCUGUGCUGUGCCCCAAAUUUACACCCCAUUCCCUAAAUAAUGCACUACUUCUGACCAGGGCUCUGGUCCAAUGUAGUAUCAAAUAGGGAAAAGUGUCCCAUUUAGGACACAGUCUCUGUCUAAAUGCACUGUGAUUGCUGUUUUUAAUAAUGAUAGUAAUUUCAUUUCAAGCAACAACAAAAAAUGUUAUUUUUUAAAUGUGUUUUUAUUUAUAUCCUGGAUAUGCAAGGUUUAUAAGCAGCUGAAAAUACAAAGUGCUCAUUUUAUUCUGGCAUUAAUAACUUAAUUGCAUGUUUUAUCAGCUCAUAUAGACUAAAACAAACGUUCAUUUGAAAUGUCAUUGCUCAUUGUCGAAAGCAUCAAUGUUUUAAUUCAGAUUUCUAUAAUUCUAUAUGAAUCUAAUACAAUUUAUUCAAAUGUCAUAUCGAUAAACACAAAAUG